CGCACUUAUCUGUGCGACUGACGUCACUGACAAGCGCCAGGCGGCACGCUGGCCAAGCUUUCGGCGGGCUUCCGGGAGACCAAAAUGUCUAUGGCUAGUGAUUUCUACCUGCGCUACUACGUAGGGCACAAGGGCAAGUUUGGACACGAGUUUCUAGAGUUCGAGUUUCGGCCGGACGGAAAGCUUAGAUAUGCCAACAAUAGCAAUUACAAAAAUGAUGUCAUGAUCAGGAAAGAGGCAUAUGUACAUAAGAGUGUAAUGGAAGAACUGAAGAGAAUUAUUGAUGACAGUGAAAUUACAAAAGAAGAUGAUGCCCUGUGGCCUCCCCCUGACAGGGUUGGACGACAGGAACUUGAAAUUGUAAUUGGAGAUGAACACAUUUCUUUUACCACAUCAAAAAUAGGUUCUCUUAUUGAUGUAAAUCAGUCAAAGGAUCCAGAACUGAAAAGGCCUACUUAUUCCUCAUUUUUGGUUCUGUUGCCUCAUCUGCAUCACUACAUGGCACAAAUACAGAAGUCAUCAUAUGGCAAGGUUUUUAAUGUGAAACACACUUCUCUUCUAAUUCUAAAGAUGAGCAAUCAGGAGGUGACUUAUUCAACCCUGAGAUUUCUUCAGUCUCCUUCAGAAUCACCGAGUAGAUCAAGGAGUGAUUCUACUCAGAGUCCUAGAAAAGCUGUUGACAAAGGGUUUUCUGUGCCCUGGAACUUUAUUGCAAUGACUCUUGGAAUUUUCUGUUUACUUUUGUUGAUGACAGUCAUAGUGUUGGUGAUCAAGAUUUUUCAGUGUGUUCAAGAAAAACAUGACCAGCAGGAAAUUCUAAGAAACUUCAGCAAAGAGUGCAACAUUACGAAAAAUGACUACUACUUAAAGGAACAAGUUUGGAUAAAUAAGUCUUUAGAAUAUGAUAGUCUCAAAAAUAAAACCCUUCAUUUGGAAUCAAAUCAUGAGAACAAAUGUCGUAAGAAAAUUGAGAUCUAUUCAGAAUUUUUGCAAAAUAAAGGUUUGAUCUGUGAAGGCCACUGGUCCUGUUAUGGAGUAAAAUGUUAUCAUUUUACCAAGAACCAAGAAAAAUGGGAGGGAUGUAAGAAAACUUGCCAAGACAAUGGAUUAUCCCUUUUGAAGAUAAAUGAUAAAGAUGAACAGGCCUUCCUUAGAAAACAGACUUGUAAAAAUAAUUACUGGAUUGGAUUAUCAUAUGAUGAAUGUGAAGGGAAAUGGAAAUGGGUUGACAAUGACACAUCUUCUGGAAUCUGCAGUGGAAACUAUUUGAGGUCUGAGAUGAAGAUGGUGGCUUCCUCAAGAAAAAAAUUGCUUUAGUUGGAUGUUUGGCAGCACUGAAUCUGGUCCACUUUUCACUUGGGAUGGGCAAGUAUUGGAGCUCUGAGUUGUAAACCUGCAAAAAAUGACCUCUAAUCACCUUGACAUACUUGUAUUUUCCAAGGACACUGUUAGAUAAAUUACUCUGGAGGUCAUAAAACAGAAAGACUCACUGGCCAAAUUAAGAUGCUCAGAUCAGAUGGUAAAUCAAAUCCACCUAGAACCCAUAGCACAAUGCAAAGGGAAAGAUAUAGGUAGGCUGUCAUAGAUACAGUAAGGUACAAGAUGGGGAGAGGGCCAUCUGAAACCUGGGUCAAGCAAUCUUUUUAUGCCCUGAUGCUCUCUGCAGCAGAAUCCUUCCCUGAUGAUAGUGUGGGUUAUAGGGCCAGAUUUGAGGUUUGAGUUAUGAGGGCUGAAAAGAGAAAAACUAUUGUGGUCAGCACACAUAUUUUCUUUACUGGGGAGUCACAGUAGCAUAUAAGCCUGGCUACAACUUCACCUCUCCAAUUAACCUUAUGAGCAGUUUUAUGAGUUUAAUUUGUGUUAAUUGGGCAGGGGCUAGAAUGCAUGUCACCAAUGGGAGAUGGAAUGACCUUGU